AUGCUGAGGCAGACUGAUGGAUGCUGAUGAUGAAGCAGUUUUGCUCUACUGCAUCACGGAGGAGCCCUCUGAUUGGCUGGAGGACGACGCUAGGGAUGCAGCUACAGCCAACGAUAAGGAAAGUGUUGAAUCGCAGUAACACUGCAGCCGCGCUACCCACAGGACGACACAGGCGCUCUUACCACCACAUCAUGAGGGAGAUCGUGCACAUCCAGGCUGGACAAUGUGGCAAUCAAAUUGGGGCCAAGUUCUGGGAGGUGAUAAGCGACGAGCACGGCAUCGACCCAUCAGGCAGUUACCAAGGCGACAGCAACCUGCAGCUGGAGCGGAUCAGCGUGUAUUACAACGAGGCCUCGGGCAGCAAAUUUGUCCCCCGCGCCAUCUUGGUGGACUUGGAGCCAGGGACCAUGGAUUCAGUUCGCUCCGGCCCUUUUGGACAACUGUUCCGGCCUGACAACUUCGUCUUUGGUCAAAGCGGAGCAGGAAACAACUGGGCCAAAGGUCACUACACGGAAGGUGCCGAGCUGGUGGACUCGGUUAUGGACGUGGUGAGGAAAGAGUCGGAGAACUGCGACUGCCUCCAAGGCUUCCAGCUCACUCACUCCCUGGGCGGAGGCACCGGUUCCGGCAUGGGCACCUUGCUGAUCAGCAAGAUCCGCGAGGAGUAUCCGGACCGCAUCAUGAACACGUUCAGCGUCAUGCCCUCGCCCAAAGUGUCUGACACGGUGGUGGAGCCUUACAACGCAACCUUGUCUGUGCACCAGCUGGUGGAGAACACCGAUGAGACCUUCUGCAUCGACAACGAGGCUCUGUACGACAUCUGCUUCCGCACCUUGAAGUUGACCACACCCACUUACGGAGACCUCAACCAUCUGGUGUCGGCCACCAUGAGCGGCGUCACCACCUGCCUCCGCUUCCCGGGACAACUCAACGCCGACCUCCGCAAGCUGGCCGUCAACAUGGUGCCCUUCCCCCGCUUGCACUUCUUCAUACCGGGCUUCGCUCCGCUCACCAGCAGGGGGAGCCAGCAGUACCGCGCCCUCUCUGUCCCCGAGCUCACCCAGCAGAUGUUCGACGCCAAGAACAUGAUGGCGGCGUGCGACCCGCGCCACGGCCGCUACCUCACCGUGGCGGCCAUUUUCCGCGGGCAGAUGUCCAUGAAGGAAGUGGACGAGCAGAUGCUGAGCGUGCAGAACAAAAACAGCAGCUACUUCGUGGAGUGGAUCCCCAACAACGUCAAGACGGCCGUGUGCGACAUCCCGCCGCGAGGCCUCAAGAUGUCAGCCACCUUCAUCGGCAACAGCACGGCCAUCCAGGAGAUCUUCAGGAGGAUCUCGGAGCAGUUCACCGCCAUGUUCCGCAGGAAGGCCUUCCUCCACUGGUACACGGGCGAAGGCAUGGACGAGAUGGAGUUCACAGAGGCCGAGAGCAACAUGAACGACCUGGUGUCUGAGUACCAGCAGUACCAAGACGCCACCGCCGACGAGAUGGGGGAGUUUGACGAGGACGAAAUGGAGGACGAGGAAGGUGUCCGCCAGUAAGACACCACCGCCUCUCGGACUGCAAGCCAAUCCGUGAAGGAAUACAACUACACAAAAAUGCCAUCUUCAAGUCUCCUCCCCAAAAUCAAUAAUUAUAAUCAAUUGUCUUCAGCAGCAAGAAGUCUAUAAUAAAACUGGAAAUCGUGAAAAUUA